GUUUCGUCAGUAUGGAUUCUACAGCUGAACUUCGGAUGUGGUCGCCCCGGGAACGAAGCGAUCACACGGCUUUCGUGGAAGGAGACCUUCUCUAUGUGUGGGGCGGAUAUCACUCAGUUGCUGGUGAAGAGGUGUUCUUACCUAGUGACGAGAUCUGCCUUUAUGACAUGAGCAGUGGUAUAUGGGAGACUCAGGCCAUGACAGGGGAUGUUCCACCUUCUUUGUCGCAAACCUGUGGCUGUUGCCUAAAUGGGGUAAUGUACAUCUUUGGUGGAUGCAAUGACAACGGCCACACUAAUCAGCUUUAUUGGGUUAACCUACUGGAUGGAAUGUUUGCCUGGAGGAAAGUGACAGACACUAAGGGAACUCCGCCCUCACCACGAGACAGACAUUCCUGUUGGGUUUACAGGGACAGGAUAAUCUACUUUGGUGGAUACGGAUGCAAACAGCUCCGCGAGGUCAACGACUCCCAGAGCUUCAUCACAGACGAGGCAUCUUGGGCAACGAUCGGGACUGCACUUUUCAGAUUUUGGGGAUGGAAUAAUGAAGUCCACGUUUAUGACCCCAAAACAGCCACUUGGAAUGAACCGCAGACGAAUGGUGUUCCCCCGACUCCCAGAGCAGCCCACUGCAGUGCCACCCUGGGCAGCAGGGGGUAUGUGUGCGGGGGCGUGGAGGCCACAGCAAUGGACAUGCAUUUCCUGGAUCUGGAAUCAUGGACAUGGACAAAAGUUGUACCCACAUCCACAGUGCCCAUGGGGCGCUCGUGGCACACCCUCACAGCAGUGUCAGACAGCGCCCUCUUCCUGUUCGGGGGGCUUAGUGCGACAGGCAAACCUUUGAGUGAUGCAUGGGUGUUUGAUGUCCAGACAAAGGAGUGGACAGAGCUGGAACACUCGCACAGAGACCAGCCGAGACUGUGGCACUCCGCCUGCCUGGGAAACGACUCCGAUGUCAUCGUGUUUGGGGGAAGUCGUGACUACACCCUCUUAAUGGACACAAUCUCUGCUCUUCAGUCACCAUCCCAGAGCCACUGCAGUGAUGUGCUUGUUUUCCAGACCCAGCCGUAUCCCCUCAUUAGGUUAUGUGAGGAUUGCAUUGUAAGGAAUUCAAGGAUACUACAAGAGCAGCUGCUAUGGUUACCAGCAAAAUUUCAGGAAAUCAUACAGAAGAGGACUUCCUGCUUUAGACCAGCUGCAAAACCUCAGGAAAGAAGCAUUCCUUUGUUAUAGCUGGCAGUCUGGACAUGAGUGGAAGAGUGUGAGCAUAGCUGUGAUACACUGAUCUCUGGUGCUGAACGAAUGAUUGUCUUUUGUAUUUCCAAUGUAGAAAGUAAAAGCCUAUUUACUGCAGUGUGAAAUAAUUACAAUGUACAAUUAUACUCCUUAAAAUAUGUCCACAUUUUAAACCUGCAGUGCAAAUGCAAAUGGAAAUGGGUCUUCUCAGAGUUAGCCAGUAUAUGCCACUUUAAACCAACGAAGAAGAUCCUCUAUCAGAUGCCUGAAGACAGGAAUAGACACUGUACAGACACUUUAGGUAAUAGCUAUCAUUGAUAGAAAUUGUUAUACAAUGCAACUAUAUUACUGGGGUUCCACUGCUAUCCAGGAUCAUGUCUGUAUAAAAAUAAGAAUGAAAGAUGGAUGGUGUCUGAUGUUUGUAUAAUACUGUAAAGAUUUAAUAUACUGCUGAAUACACACUUAAAAUAAUUCAAGAUGAAUUUUAGAAGAACUUGUAUAAGGGUUCAAAAUCUGAUGUGUAAAUUUUAAAAAAGAAUGUCUGAUAAAGACUGCAGAUGAAGGCUAUGAAUGCAUGUUGAAAUGCUUACUUUUAUUUAAAAUUCUGAACAAUUAAAUCAUC